CCUACCACAAUACGGGUCAAUGAGAGGGCGGUACGCAUCACCCCCUCCACCAUUUUGUUCAAGUUCAACUGCAGCUGGUUCAGCGACGUCAACGGAGCCGUCAGGUUCUUCACUGUCAUCGUGGCUGAGUCCACUGACAAUGAAGUCCUGCAGACAGAGCAGCUCCACCCUCUACCUUCCUUCCAGGACUACAGAACCAACAGCUCUGUGCGGGCCUACCAGACAGGCUACUUUCCCAGUGGCUGUGCCCAGGAACAGGGAAUGGGAGCUGGGCAUGUGUUUGAAGUCAACCUGGGGGCGGGGCUAGAUCGCCUGGGAGGGCCUUGUGAUUCAGAGGAGGAUGAUGAUAACGAACACAGCAGUGAUCUCUACCACUUCUGUGAUGGGCCUCUCAAGCCUAAGACUGCCUACAGAAUCAGUGUCCGUGCCUUCACUCAGCUGUUUGACGAAGACCACAGAGAGUUCCCCCAACCUCUCUACAGGGACACCUUCCUGUCUCUACCCAUCAGGACACAAGCAGAGCCCCUCAGCGGAGUCAUCGAAGGCAUCAGCGCCGGAAUGUUCCUCAUCGGAAUGUUGAUCGCCGUCAUCUCCCUCCUCGUCUACAGGCAGAGAGUCCGUAAAGUGGCAGUACAGGAGAGCCCAGUGGUACGGAUGAGCAUGUGGAAGCAGGGGCCUACAUCAGGGAUGUACGUUGGAGUCAGAAGCCCCGUCAAAGCAGCCCACUUUGAAUCCCACCUCACUAAGCUACAGGCAGACUCCAACUAUCUUCUGUCAGAAGAGUUUGAGGAUCUGAAGGAUGUGGGUCGUAACCAGCCUCUGGAUGCAGCCCGUCUACCAGAGAACAGGGGCAAGAACCGUUACAACAACAUCCUGCCCUAUGAUUCCACCAGAGUGAAGCUCUCCUACCUGGAGGAUGACCCCUGUUCUGACUUCAUCAAUGCCAGUUAUAUACCAGGGAACAACUUCCGCCGCGAGUACAUCGCCACCCAAGGCCCUCUCCCCGGAACCAAGGAUGACUUCUGGAGGAUGGUGUGGGAGCACAACGUAUACAACGUCGUCAUGGUGACGCAGUGUGUCGAGAAGGGACGGGUGAAGUGUGACCACUACUGGCCGGCUGACCGGGAGCCUCUGUACUAUGGAGACCUGGUGGUUCAAAUGCUGUCUGAGUCUGUCCUGGCUGAAUGGACAAUCAGGGAGUUCAAGAUCAGCUCUGAGGGUCGUCCCAGCUUCCCUCGGGUGGUGAGACACUUCCACUACACGGUGUGGCCAGACCACGGGGUCCCCGAGACCACCCAGUCCCUCAUCGAGUUCGUACGGACCGUCAGGGACUACAUCGACAGGGCCCCCAGCACUGGAGCCACCGUUGUUCACUGCAGUGCUGGAGUGGGUCGUACAGGGACGUUCAUGGUUCUGGACCGGGUCCUUCAACAGCUGGACAGCAUAGGAACAGUGGACGUCUACGGCUGUGUGUUUGACCUCCGACUGCACCGCUCUCACAUGGUGCAAACAGAGUACCAGUACUCCUUCCUCCACCAGUGUGUUCGAGAUGUCCUGAGAGCCAGGAAGCUCCGUAGUGAGCAGGAGAACCCUCUCUACCCCAUCUAUGAGAACUUCAACCCAGACUACUACCGUGAUUUUGUGUACACGGGACGCUAACUAACGACAGUCUGGGUUCCUCUCCACACAGCUGAGUGAGAAGGAAAACCAGGGAAGAAUCUGUUCAAUACCACCAGACAGCCAUUCUGUCACAACUAAAGCACUAUAGAGUGUGGGGGCUAUUUAUUUUUGAUACUCUGUUGGUUCAACCUCUCAGGGUGUCUAUUUCAAAUGGAGCAAAUUGACGUCUGGUGAUACUGACGUUUCGUCCACUUAUAGCUGAACCUUAGGUUGCAUUCAAUGAGAUCUGAUUAUAUUGUUUUGCACCUAAUUGUAAAGCUCUUCCAAGAAACAUUAUUCCCUAAACUCAUGUUAUUUCAAUAUUAAUAAUGUCUGAUGAAAAGACAAAAGGAACUGAUAUAAAAUGUAGAUAUAAUGAUUCUUCUUCAACAUAAACAGAAAAAAAGAUGAAUGAAAGCUAUCAGGCGAAGCAAUGAAUGGGAUUCUAUCAGGCGAAGCAAUGAAUGGGAUUCUAUCAGGCGAAGCAAUGAAUGGGAUUCUAUCAGGCGAAGCAAUGAAUGGGAUUCUAUCAGGCGAAGCAAUGAAUGGGAUUCUAUCAGGCGAAGCAAUGAAUGGGAUUCUAUCAGGCGAAGCAAUGAAUGGGAUUCUAUCAGGCGAAGCAAUGAAUGGGAUUCUAUCAGGCGAAGCAAUGAAUGGGAUUCUAUCAGGCGAAGCAAUGAAUGGGAUUCUAUCAGGCGUAGC